AGCAAGAAUUAUCCAAAUAUAAAGAAAUGCACGAUACUGUUAUUCGAGAAUAUCGUGAUACUUUACAAAUGAACGAAACUGAAUUUAACAAAGAAAUUGAAGAUUUAAAAAAUAAAUCCAACGAACUGAAAAAAGAUAUGACUUUGAAAAUUGAUGAAAAACAAAAGGAAAUUGAUAAACUUCAAAUGGAAGUGAAUCAAAUGAAAACACAAAUUGAUGAAUAUGCAAAAGAGAUUAAGACCUUAAAAGAGAAUUCAGAUGCGGCAAAUAAAGCGAUAAUAUUUAAUGAAAAAGAUAUACCAACUCAAUCCGAAGAUGAUUUAGAUUCUACACCAAAUAAUGAAAUCAUGCAUAGCACUCCAAAAGGAAAUCAUGGAGAAAAUUCAGAUACUGAUAGCUCACAAGCUUCAUUUAGAUUUGAUACGAAGGUCUUUUCCCGACGAACUAAUCCAUUUUCUCAACCAUUUGGAACAAAACGGAAGAAUCCAUUAGAAUCUCCCAUAAGCAAGAGACUUAAUACGGGGAAUAUUUUCUCCAUACCAGAUUCAUCAUCCGGAGACAAAGCAUCUAAAGAAAUUCCAAAAAAAGUUGGAAAUCGUGUUUUUCGAAAUACAAAAUAAUUGUUAAUUUAUUUAUCUGCUUUAAGGCAUUAUUAGAAUUUGCAUUUUUUGUUUAAAAUUUUUUUUUUUUUUAAAGUUUAAUAAUUUGUAAUCAGAGAACAUUGUUAAUCAAUUACUCCAAAAAACUUCCUGUUUAAUAGUACAAAUUUUUAUCGCCAGUUGGCGGGAUUUAUCUGAUUUGAAUUUGAAUAUUUUUAUUGGCCCUAAAAAAUGGCAAGUACAAGUAUAGCCAUAUGGUAGUCGAAAUUGUAACUACUGAGUUCGGGGCUUCUUCUGAUUUUAAUUAGUACGAAUUUUUAUCGCCAGUUGGAGAGUUGCAACUGCUAGUUAUCAAUAGGAAAGAAUUUAGAGAUUUAAGCCUCGUUUAGUGGAGUACAUAUGAGAGAACAUUGUUAAAUUAUAACUUAACC